UAUAACUACUAUACGUGUAGCUAGAGUGCGUGUACGGUGUUCGACUUGAUUAAAAUUGGUUUCAGGUAGUACGUAGUUUUUGAUGAGACAAUGGCGUCUUUAUCUUGCAUUAUUCCGCGUAAUUGUUUCUCUAAACGAUUCCUCAGAUCAUCUUGGUCGCUUGCGAUUAAAGCACAGAGUUCAUCGUCUGUAACAGCGUCGAGCAACAGCAAAGUGUUGCCGUUUGCUGAUAUUCCAGGUCCUAAAGGAACUCUCCAAAAUCUUUGGGGCUAUGCGCUGAACAAAGGUGAGAUUCUUGACGUUUUAUCAAAACGCUUUGAAAGAUUUGGUCCGAUUUACCGCGAGCAAAUUUUGGACACACGAAUUGUCAACAUUUCUGACGUUGAUGCGAUAGAAAAAGUUUUAAACAUCGAACGAGAAUUUCCAAUGCGGCCCGGUUUCGAAGCCCUCGCUGAGAUUGUUGAGGACGAAAAUGGUCUUGGGCUCGUGUCAAACGACUAUGAAACAUGGUAUCCGGAAAGAUCCACCAUAUCGCCGAAGUUGAUGCGCCCGAAGGAAGUCAGAGAAUCAUUUCCAGUGCUAAAUACUGUAGCGAAUGACUUCAUGAAGCGAUUAGAUCUCCUCAAGCAGUCCGACGGCGUGGUAGACAAUAUUCGUAAGGAGUUAGCGUACUUUAUGGUGGAAUCGUUUGCUUCGUUUUUUUUCAAUCAACGUCUUGGAUUCUACAACCAUCCGCCAGAACCUGCAGCAGUCGCGUUUGUGAAUGCGGCUCUUGAUAUGGUUCGUAAUGUUGGGAAGCUUUUUUACACCACUCCUCUCAACAAGUAUAUCAAGACACCGCCAUACUAUCAGUUGAAGAGAAAUCUCGCCACUAUUCAUGCUUUAGGGAUGGAUAUUAUAGAAGAGGUAUUGGCAACGAAACAGCAAGGACGAGAAAACGAUUUCAGCAUCAAACAAUCAGUGUUUGAGUACCUUGUUGAAAAUGGCAUGAAUACGCCAAAGAGUAUGGCUGCCAUAACUGGAUUGAUAGCAGGAGGCGUGGAUACAACAAGCAUUACAUGUCUCUGGCUCUUGUACGAACUUUCCCGGAAUCCAGACUUCCAGGAUAAACUUUAUCAGGAGAUUGCAUCUGUCGUUGGUCCAAACGAGGAAUUAUCAGCGAAAAAUGUUCCAUCGCUUCUCAAAGCGGCUCUGAAGGAGUCGCAACGCAUGUAUCCAGUCGGAGGGUAUAUUGUUCCUCGUGUGUUUCGUAAAGACCUCGAAGUUCUCGGUUACAACAUCCCAGCUGGUGUGAAUAUUCUCUUGUUCGAACAUCUGCUGUCCAUCGACGAGCGUUAUUAUGGCGAAGACGCGAAGCAGUUUGUCCCCGAGCGAUGGCUGCGUGAUGAAACUGGAGAGAAGAAAGAAUUUCAUCCGUUUACUACAUUACCAUUCGGUUAUGGAGUGAGAAUGUGUCUGGGAAGGAGGAUGGCCGAGUCAAUCGUCAUUAUUUUGGUGAGCAAGAUUUUACUAAAUUAUCGCCUAGAAUACGUCGGGGAACCUGAUGUUAGUCGAAGUAUAAUAGAAGGGACCAUGCAACCAAACAAGCCUAUCCUACUAAAGGUCACAUCAAGAGAAAAGGUGACGAUGUAAACUGCAUGAUUAAAAAAUAAACUAAAAUUGCUAAUAGCUAAAAUGCGAUGCAGUAUCUUAUGUCAGUUAUGUGAUCUUGAAGGCAUGUGAGAGCAUGGCAAAUAAUAAUAUGAAUAAUUAAUGUGAUAAAAUUUCUCUGACUGGGUUAUUGCAUGCCGCUGUUAUCAGUUCCGAUGUUAACUCGAAUUAGGUUGUGUACCAAAACUAUACGUAAACAAUGUCUUUUUUUGAUAUAGUUUUCAUAUACAGUGUUAUCAGUUGAGUGAUAUAUGCCCAUGUUAGUAAAUAGAAACAUGCAUGGAAUAUCAAUGAUCAGUUCAUACUACAAAUGUUCUCCGGCAGGAAACGGUUAGCCCGUAAAGCGUUACGUUAGUUAACGAAUUCCAAUGACGUCCAACAUUCCGUUAAAUUUUAAUAGGGCAACUGUCACUUAUCAUUUUCGCGAAUUGUUAAGUGCAGGUGCAUGGUGCAUUAGUACUAGAAAGUUAAAACAUGGUUAAAAACUAGGGUUUAAAGGGUCUCAAUUUCGAGUGGAAUUAUACACACUUCAAAUUCAAGCCAGGAACAGUUGAAGAAAAAUGAGUCAACCAUAGGUCCUCAGUGGCAGGAAUCGAACCUACGCUUUUGCGAAUUGCGAUGACGGUCAGCAAUGCUCUUGCGACUGAGCUACUCAGGUAGCUGACAAGAGCAAGCGUGGUUCAUGUGCAUAGGGUGGUAAUGCCGGGAAUAGGUGAGGGUAAAUCAAUGCCAAAAAUCACAAUGGCUUGAACAAGUGACUUAAAGCGCAUUAUAAGAAUGAUUUUAUAACAACAAACUCUCUAUGGCCACGCCUGUCUGAAGCCUAAUGGUCGAAUUA